AUGUGUCAAGCUCUGAGUUCGGAAUUGCUAACUGAAUAAAUUGAUAAGAAAGUCAAUAGAAUCUCUUAGUAAACUAAUCUAUCCAAGAUGUAUCAAGAUUUAAUAGACGAGAAGAUGAUUUUGGAAACGAAAAUUGAAAACCUAGAAAAUUAGUUAGAAUCCUAUUAAAACAAAUAAUUUACCAUUAGUUAUGCACCGUCGAUUAAAUCAGUGUAUGAGAAGAGAUUGCAUGUUAUGAAACAAGGAUUAUUGCAUUGGAAAACAAGAACUUAGUAAAUUGAACAAAUUGUGCUUUAAUGGAUUCAAAAAUUAAAAUAAGAAAAUUAAUAGUUAAAAAGAUAACUCAUAAAGAAACAGGAUAAGAUGUUUCUUGUGUUUGAAAAUUUGCUACGAGAAAUAUAUCAACAAUUUGAAUAGGAUAAAUAUGUCCAAAUGGAAGAAAUCAAAAAACUGCAAGAAUAGAAAGUUGAUGACAAAGUUAAAAUCACAAAGCUCAGAUCAACUAUUUAAUAGUAAACAAAAACUAAAAAAAGAUGA